AUGCACAAAGUAGGGUUGGUUGUUGCCCAUUUGUAUGAUAAUAUGCAAUUGGCAAACUAUGUGCUCCAAUUAGAAGAUAUGGAGCAACAAGAUCGUAAUCCUUCUAAAGUAUAUAGCGUUCACAAAAAAGCGUUUACACUUCCAAAUGAGCAUAAGAACCAAGAAGUCUCGAUCAGAAAAAAUUUACAGAGAAGAGCAGAGAAGGAAUUGUUUUUUGGAGACAUUAUAGAAUGGAGUGACGAUAAACCAUAUGGUCGAAAUAAUUUGAUAUAUCAGUUUACAAGGAGCAAAAAGCUGUUUGAGUGUCGUUGUGAGAAUGGUAAAAGUCAGAUAAAAUUAGAAGGCUGCAUCGACCCAAAUAAACGGAACAGGUUUUGGAGUUCAAAUUUUCCCAGUAUUCACAUAAGAGGAAACAACACGUUGGCACUUCCGAACGUCUAUUUAGAAGCCUGGGUUUCUAUUGAAAUUCUGGAUGAUAAAGUAGUGCAGUUUGAUUUGGUUAAUAUUCACGGCAUUUGUCCGACAGAAGAACAAGGGAAUGUUGGAAAGGCGCCAUGGAAUAUCAAGAACCUAAAGUAUAACACAAUUACUCUCAUCGAAUUCGACGAUGAAGAUGACUGUUUUGAAGACUGUCCACCUAAUAAUAAUGCGCCUCGGCAGGAAGUGUAUGACCUAUUGGUAUUCGCUGUUAACGAUCGUUCCUUUUAUUGUGAUACGUAUCCUCAAUAUCGAUUUUCACUAGUUGUUUUUGAAGACCUUGUGGUUUCAGGAAGUUAUUACAGAAUAGAUGCUAUUUGGAACCGUUUCGACGAAUAUUACAUGGUUAAAAAGGCUAUUAUGAAAAAAGAUUUGAAAAAUUUCCCAAUUGAUGAAUCCGGAAGAAUUCGAACGUCUGUUAAACAGAUUUGUGAGUUUCCUGGAGUGUAUUACUCAGAAAGUCUUGGAUUCAUUGACGAUCCUUAUAAUGUUUUCGCUUUGCUUAACAUAUCGCCUUAUAUCAGCAAGACGUUCAUGGUUGCAUUAGAAGAUGGGAUUCCCAAUAAAUCCUUUCGUUUUCGUAUAGUUGACGUAAUAGACAGCAAAGAAAGGCUAAAGAAAUUUGUUAGUUCAAACAACGAUAGAAUAGAGUUGAAAAAUCUGAUUGGCCUUGCUAUAAGCAAUAAGCUGGUGUUCUGUUCGAAAUAUCCGCAAACAACUUUCAAAGUAUCACCCGGUCUUGUGCCUCCGAAAUUAGGAACUUAUUUGAAAUAUGAUGCUGUUUUCGAUAGUUUGAAAAAUUUUUUCGAAAUCAUUACAUGGAAAGCGGACGAAUCUUCCCCUCCUGUCAUAUAUAAAGUGAUUGAAGAAAGGGAGAAUAAUGAUAAGGCAGUUUUUAAAACGAAAGUGAAGAAAAUAAAAAAAAAAGAGUUGAACGGAUUUUUUGAAAGUGAGAUGUUCGGUCUUCUAGAUGACCGUGGAAGAGCUAGCUCAAUGGACGAUGAAGGUUCUGUCUGGGUAGCUUAUGCAGAAAGUACUUUGGAAAGAGGAAUGCGUCAAUCUCGAACUACAUUCGAAAUUAUUUGUGUCGGUGAUCUUAAUUAUUCGGAAUACAAUGCAGCUCAGCGUCAUUCUGAUCAAAGCCUUAUAAACAACUAUCACCCACAAUGCGAUGAGAUGGCUCACAGUGAUCUUAGAAACGAUUUAGUUAGUACGAUCCCGGAUAGUAUCACGGCUGCGUAUUACUCUCCUACUAUGAGUAUCGGAGAUAACAGCCAGAGUACUCAUGAUCAACAGGAUAAUGCUUCGCUAUUGAACGGGCAGCUUUUACAACAUCGAAGAGAAAGGCUCGGUUCCUCAAUUUACAGCCAUCAUAGCAAUUACAGCGAUAGCACUGCUUCUUUAAAUUUUAGUAUGACGGGCAGCAUGAAUUUCGAUCGUGAAACAUGUUUUGAAAAAUAUCAGCUACUUCAGCAUCGAUAUGCGCAUUCAGCCAACUGUACGGAUCAAAUUUGUCGUGAAGACUGUCCUUACAUGAAUGCUGUAAUAAGCGAAGUUUUAACGGAUGAUAGCUUUUAUCGUCAACUCAGAUACUUCUUCCCUGUUGUUGCAGAAGAAAUCAAACAGAAGAGUGGAAACUUCUCACCAAGGACAGCGUUAGAAAUUAUGUUAAUCGAACAUGGGGUCGAAUGA